CUUAAUUUAUAUUUGCCCUUUCUUCUCAAGUCUACUUAAUCUCGAACGGUCCGGCGCAAGGGGGGAAAAAUGGCGAGCCAAGAUGGGUUUGGAACCGGGUGGGGUCAGAGAACGGCCUACAUCGUUGAUCGGAGGACAGAAGUGGUGAGCGGUAAAGGUUACGGCGUUGGAGGAAGUAAUCAGAUCUACGGGACUCACGAGUUUCCUCCGUCUUUUCAACCUCCGCCGGGGGAAGAGGCGGCGCGUAGGAGCAAUGCAUCGUCGACGAGGCCGUCUUGGGGUGUGAAGGAUGCAGAGAUGAAGAGGAAGAAGAGAAUCGCGAGGUAUAAAGCUUAUACUGUGGAAGGCAAAGUUAAAUCCACUUUCAAGAAUGGAUUCCGUUGGAUUAAGAAUAAAUGUUCUCGGAUUGUUCAUGGUUUUUGACUUUUUUUGCUUCCUAUUCAUUUUUUUCUCGACGAGUCUUGUUGAAGGCCGGCUCUCCGUGCAUGCGGUGGUUGCCUGCUUUUAAGAAUAUGAACAUUUUUUGAUCUGUUUUGAUGCGACUUUAGUUUGACUUAAGAUGUCAC